UUUUUCUACAAUGGCGGCUGUGAACAGAUCGUUCGGCUCAGCGGAUUAUGCUGUGUUUGUUACAUCCCUGGUUUUGUCAGCUGUUGUGGGAAUAUUUUAUGCCUGUAAAGGGGGGCGACAGAAAACUACGGGGGAAUUCCUGAUGGGAAACAGAGAUCUGCAAAUACUGCCGGUGUCGCUGUCAAUUCUGGUGUCCUUCCUCUCGGCGAUUACCAUCCUCGGCACUGUGGCUGAGAUGUACACCAAUGGAACAGAGUACUUUCUGUACGUCUUUGGAAUGGUCUUUGGCAUCAUCCUGGCAACUGUGCUAUACAUCCCGUUGUUCUAUCCCCACGGCUUUACAAGUUCCUUCGAGUAUUUGGAGAAACGGUUCAACUCCAGAGCGGCCAAACUAACCGGCACUGCUAUAACUAUAUUCCAACAGAUAAUCUACAUGGGGAUUGCCUCGUACGCCCCUUCCACGGCCCUGGAAGCAGUGACGGGAUUCCCAGUGUGGGCAGCUAUCGUCACAGUGGGCGUUGUCUCUUGCUUCUAUACGGUACUGGGUGGGCUGAAGGCGGUGGUAUGGACGGACCUGUUCCAGACGCUGGUUAUCGUGGCGGGUCUACUCGCUGUCGUGAUUCAGGGCACAAUGCUUACGGGCAGCAUCGGUGACGUUUGGCGCAUCAACUACGAAUGGGGAAGAAUCAACUUCUUUGAUUUCGACCCCUCGCCCACAACCCGUCAUACGUUUUGGUCUCUAGUUGUUGGUGGAACCAUAGCAUGGACUGGAACCUAUGGGGUCAACCAGGCUAGCAUACAACGCUUUUGUGCUGUGCCUACACUGAAGAAAGCCCGGAUAUCACUGCUGAUGAACGCUGUCGGGGUGCUGCUAAUGCUGACCAUUCUGUGCCUGGCAGGAAUCACAAUCUUCGCCUACUAUGCCAUUAGGGGCUGUGACCCUCUGUCAGCCAAAUACAUCGGAAACUCCAACCAGCUUCUGCCGUACUUCGUGAUGGAGGUGCUAGACUACCCCGGGGUGCCCGGAUUGUUCAUCGCCUGUCUGUUCAGCGGGACGCUAAGCACACUGUCUCCCUCGUGUCUUAGUGCCGUGACGGCGGUAGUCUGGGAGGACAUGCUGAAACCAUUCCUGGAAGACAGACUCUCUGAAGGACACAAGACAAUAGUGGCUAAAAUAUUAGUACUAAUAUUCGGCGGCGCCGGCACAGCUAUGGCUUUUAUGGCUAAAAACCUGGGAGGAACAGUGCUUCAGGCUGCCCUAAGUUUUGCUGGAGCUGCUACUGGGCCUCUGAUGGGGAUGUUUGCCCUCGGCGCCUUCUUCCCCUGGGCCAACUGGAUUGGAGCCGUCGUUGGUGGUGUCUGUGGCCUGGCGUUUCCAUUGUGGUUAGGCAUUGGAGCAUACACUGUGGUCGGUAGCCCGCCCGUCCUAGCCUACCCUACCAGCAACUGCAGCUUCAGUAACAUCACAACCAUCGCCCCAUCCACUGCAGCUACAACCUUAAUGACAGAUGCUACCACACCAAUGAGGGACAGUCCAACGAGCGGUCUGACUGUGCUGUACUCUAUCUCCUACCUGUGGUACACACCUAUUGGUACAGCAACUGUCAUCAUAGUAGGGCUGUUGGUCAGCGUUCUUACAGGCAUGAACCGUGUGGGUGACGUGGACACCAAGUACAUGGUGCCUUUCUUCGACCGUCUCAUUUGCUGUCUCCCUUCAUCGAUCAGCCGAGUCCUCCGGUGUAAUCAGGAGUUUGACAGUCCCGAGGUACUGUGUGCUCAAGCGAAAGAAUUACUGUCAGUAGAACAAAAGAUUCAACACAAGAUGGCUGACCACAACUCUCUUGACACGAGACUUUGAUUGAAAAGAGCCGAGAGUUUACAGUGAGGAUAACACACCCUGGUUCUCACAGCAUUUGGAUAGAAAGCGAUAGCCACAAAUACACAUAGGGAUAUCCCAUCCCGGAUUAUUAAACGAUCCAGUUAACAAAUCCCGGUGAGGAUUAAAGUUUCCUUAUUAUACUCAAUCUCUCAUAAAUAUUGUCACCAUUUGGCUAUAUGCCUCUUGACAUAGGGGUAUCAUUGUUUAUGAUAUACCCCUGAAAUAUGAAUCAGCUUAUUAUAUAUUUCUACUAAAUAUUAACAUUUGUAUCACUCCUAUUUUGUGCAAAUAAUCUGAAAUACGUUUGUUAUACGUUUAUAUAUAUACCUAUAUAUUUGGUCACAAUAACAAAAGGAAAAGCUGUUUUCCAAAAGCCAUUUAGUGCGCACACAGACACAUACACGCACGCAGACAUACACACACAAACAUGCAUACAUGCAUACAUACACACACACACACACACACACACACACACACACACACACACACACACACACACACACACACACACUGCAUACCUACUGCAUACACUGAUGCCGUUUGAUAUAUCGUUUUACUAAUCAUCUGCCACGCAGUAGAGAUCUGGGCCGCCUCUGUCCGCCAUGAAUGAUCACAAUGAUAUCGAAAUAAUGUUGAAAUAAUGCCCAAUACGCCAUUCCUCAGCCUUCUCAGGUAAAUCUGAUUCUUUGGAAAGAUUGGUGGAACUAAUGGAGAGUGAGUGUGUUUGUAGCAAUAUUCCAGCAAUAUUCCAGCAAUAUCACGGCGGGGGACACCAGAAAUGGUCUUCACGCUUUGUAGCCAUGUGGGGAAUCGAACCUGGGUCUUCGGCGCGACGAGCGAACGCUUUGACCACUAGAUUACCCCACCAUCAAUGAACGAAUGGGGAUGAUAUAUUCAAUCACGUGGACACUUCCCCUAUCCGAUAGCACUUCCGACCCUUAAACGUUCAGAAGCUCCCACCUUCCCAGGACAGGACUCGUACUGUGUCCAAGACAACAAGUACCAUUAAUCAUGUAUCUAUAGAGAAAACGAAGCGAUCGUAUGUUUAACAAAAAUGUUUAAAGGGUGGUAAAGAGUUGAAGUUAAAAAGGGAGGUAGUACAGGUUGAACACAUUUGAACCUUUCUGAACAAUUAUGAACACUGCAAUUUAUCUGUAUCUUUCCGCAAACGAUGUAAUAUAUUUCCAUUGAAUAAAAGACAUGAAUGUGUGUAACCCUUGACCAGCUUGUGGUCAUUCAAUAAACCGACCUAGUUUUAACUGUU